GGUCCCGCAAACUUUUCAUUGAGGAGGAGAAACCGUAAUCAGAUAGACAGACAAUUACAGCUGUGCCAGGAUUGCAGCGUGCGUCAGGCUACUACUAGUCUGUUCCAAGGAGGGCAUUUCACACGACUUAUUCAGCCUAUGUGUUUUCUAACGUUAUCAAACAGAAAUGUGGUAAAUUACGACUUUUGACGAAAUUUUUCACGCUUUCAGAUAUUUGCUGACUUGUAACUUCGCUUAUCAGAAAAGAAGAGGUGUUUACUUGAGAGACAUCUCAUCCUCUUCAACGGACAUUGACAGUGAGCGGAAAGUGCCGUUUUCUGCUCUUUUUUAUAGUGACACUUUUCAGAGUCGCUAGCUUGUUCACAGAAGUUUCACGUCUCGCAUAUCUGAGUUGAGGAGCUGUGCAACAGAUGUUUGGGGUCUCAGAUGUUGGGUGUCGAAACUAGGGCAGAAGGCGCUGUGGUGCGAGAACUUUUCGGAAUUUAUGGAUCACCGAGAGGGCUCGUAACCCAAGGAUGCCAUAGAGGGCACCAGCAUGACCAUGCCCUCUCCGCUUGAGUUUGGCAAAGACUGGACUUGAGGCGCAUUUUCUUCUGAAUAUAAAAGUCAUAUUAUCUGGUUUGCAUUUCACUGAUCCGAAGCCAUGGCUUCCGAGGUGGUGUGUGGAUUGAUCUUCAGAUUGCUCCUUCCAGUGUGUCUUGCAGCAGCAUGUCUGUUCCGGUACAACUGGCUGUCUCUCGUCUACCUCAUAUACCUCCUGCUCAUCCCACUUUUCGCCGAGCCAACGAAGACAACGAUGCAAGGCCACACGGGGCGCUUGCUGAAAUCCCUCUGCUUCACCAGUAUGACAUUCCUGCUGUUGCACAUUGUCUACCAAGUCACCAUCAACAGUCUGCUGGCGGGAGAGAGCAUUGAGCCCAACUUCAACUGUUCUUCAUGGGAGAAGUCAAUACGACAGCUGGGCUUUGAGAGUGUGCGAGGUGCGGAUGCUGGGAAUGGAAUCCGUGUGUUCAUCCCGGACAUCGGCAUGUUCGUGGCCAGCCUUGUCACCUGGCUCCUGUGCCGCAGCCUGGAGAGGCCACCGGUGAAGGACGCGUCACAGCAACACAACUCUGACUUCAUGGAGGCUGGAAAACAAGAACAGGAUGAUGAAGAGGAGGAGGAAGAGGAGGAGAAGAUGCGGCAGAAAGUGGAGCUGGAGGACGACCUGCUGUUCGAGGAGGACCUGGACCUGGGGGAGGGCUGCGAACUAGCUGAGGGGGAGCUGGUGGAGGAGGAGGAGAUGAAAGAGCCGGAGGAGCCGGAGGAGAGCACCAAGAUGAAGAUCUUACGUCAGAUCGCCGCUGUGGCGUCCAAGCUCAAGGAGAUCAUUGGCAAUCUUAUUACCACUGCCGGGAAAGUGGUCGUAACCAUAUUACUGGGCCUGACAGGGAUCAUGCUGCCCUCCCUCACCUCCACGGUCUACUUCUUCACCUUCCUGGGCCUGUGCACGUGGUGGUCCUUCUGCCGCUCCUUCGACCCGCUGGUCUUCAGCUGCCUGUGUGUGCUGAUGGGCAUCUUCAGCGCCGGCCACCUCAUCGUGCUCUACCUCUACCAGUUCCAGUUCUUCCAGGAGGCCGUUCCCCCAGGAGACUACUACGCCAGUUUGUUUGGCAUCUCCCCAGUGGUGCAGAUUAACUGCUCCCACACCUGGAUGUUCAAGGUCAAUCCCGAGUUGCCAUGGCAUCACUUUGUCAAUCCCAUCAUGCUCCUGGUGCUCUACUACACUCUGGCCACGCUCAUCCGCCUGUGGCUGCAGGAACCCAUGGCGACGGAAGGCACAAAGGAGGAGGAAACUGAGGAGGGAGACGAGGGAGAGGAGGAAGAGGAGCCGAAGAGUAAUAAUGACCUCAACACAGCGGAGAAGAAGAGAGAGCUGUGGAGGAUGACGCACCACAGGACAGAUGAGAGAAAUCUCAUCUCCACACAGGAUGGCUACAGCACUCCAGAGGUAUUGAUUGUGACCUCUAACGGUCUUCCUGUGAACCUGAGGUCCGGUACUCCUCAUGACGACGGGCCCCUGAGUCUGGAUCUUUACUCCAUGCCAGAGUACGGACCAGGCCAGUCUGAACCAGAACCAGAGCGAAUGGAUGCCAGUGUGUACGAGAUGGAAAGGCCCCUGGGUGAUUUCUCAGAAGCGCUGGAGGCUGGAGAGGACAGGAAGGAGGGCCAGGGGAGGGUGAACGCGGCGGUUAAGGCCUUCGCCUUCAUCAUGAAACAGAGCUACAUCUGCGCCCUCAUCGCCAUGAUGGCGUGGAGCAUCACCUAUGUGAGCUGGCUGACCUUUGUCUUCCUCAUCUGGUCGUGCACACUGUGGAUGGUGCGGGAUCGGCGCAAGUACGCCAUGAUCACCUCACCCUUCAUGGUGUUCUAUGGAAACCUGCUCAUCGUCCUGCAGUACAUCUGGAGCUUUGAGGAGCUGGGGGCCGUGCCCGGACUCUUCCUGAAGAAGGAGGUGCCCUUCAGGGAACUUGGCUCCAAGAUGUUGUGCCUCCUGAGCUUUUGGCUGCUGCUGCGACAGGCUCUGACGGAGCGCAAAGACAGGCAGAGAGAGGAGGCGUCACUCUCAGACAUCCGAGUAGAGGACCAGAAAAUAGAGAAGGAGGAUGAGGAGGAUGAGGCAGGGGGCCCGAGGGAGAUGAUGGUCGUGCUGGGCAGCACAGUCAUGGCCAUGUUCAACAAGUACUGGAUUUACAUCUGUGGGGGGAUGUUCUUCUUCGUCAGCUUCGAGGGACGCAUCGUCAUGUACAAGAUCAUCUACAUGAUGAUGUUCCUCUUCUGUGUGGCUCUCUAUCAGGUUCACUAUGAGCACUGGAGGAGGAUACUGAAGUACUUCUGGAUGUCAGUAGUGGUCUACACUAUGCUGGUGUUGAUCCUGGUCUACACCUUCCAGUUUGAUUCCUCUAUUCAUGUGUGGUCCAACAUGACAGGCAUGAGCACUAAAGAACUGGAGGACCUGGGCCUGGAGAAGUUCUCGGUGUCGGCUCUCUUCACACGUAUCUUCCUCCCCACCUCCUUCCUGCUGGUGUGCAUCCUGCACCUGCACUACUUCCACGAGCGCUUCCUCCAGCUCACCGACAUCAAGUCUGUGGCCGACAAGCAGAAGAGCCCCAUCACCAGGCUGGUCCAUCUGGACGGCAGUCUGGCAGACAUCUCCAUGAUCAAACCCACGCUCAGCUCCACCUCCAAGGACGAGGAGGCUGGAGAAAAGGUGGACCUAGAGGAGGAGGAAGAGGAGGAGGAGGAGGAAGAGGAGGAGGUCAUGAAGAAAAGAAGAGACGAAGAUGCGCCGUGUUUUCCGAGCAAAGCGGACGGCUUCUCUUGCCACACGGAGCCGGCGACUGACAUUGGAUCAGACCUGCGUAACAAGUGGAGUCUGGUGGUGGAGCGUCUGACCGUGCUCUUCCUCAAGUUCCUGGAGUACGUGCAGCAGCUGCAGCUCCUCAUCUGGUGGCUACUGGAGCUCCACAUCAUCAAGAUCGUCUCCUCCUACAUCAUCUGGGUCUCCGUCAAAGAGGUGUCUCUCUUUAAUUACGUCUUCCUGGUGAGCUGGGCCUUUGCUCUCCCGUACAGCCAGUUCAGGCCGCUGGCCUCCAGCGUGUGCACGGUGUGGACCUGCGUCAUCAUCGUCUGCAAAAUGCUGUACCAGCUGAGCUCCAUCCAGCCCUCCACCUACGCCAAAAACUGCACCAUGCCCCAGAACUACACAGAGGCAGAGAGGACUGAGAUGGCUCGCUCCCUCCUCUACAGCGCCCCCAUAGACCCCGCGAACUGGGUCGGCCUCAAGAAGUUCUCUCCUCUGCUGGAGAACCUGAGGAUCAACCUGGUAAUGUUGGCCCUCCUGGCGUUCGAGGUGACCGUCUAUCGGCACCAGGACUUCUACCGCAUGAGGAACAACCUCACGGCCCCCGUCACCAGGACCAUCUUCCAUGACAUCACGCGGCAGCACCUGGACGACGGCAUCCUCAACUGUGCCAAGUAUUUCGUCAACUACUUCUUCUACAAGUUUGGCCUGGAGACAUGCUUCUUGCUGGCGGUGAAUGUGAUAGGCCAGCGCAUGGACUUCUACGCCAUGCUCCACGCGUUCGGCCUGAUCGCCGUGAUGUACCAGCGGCGGCGCAAGGCCAUCGCUCAGAUCUGGCCCAAGUACUGCUGCUUCCUGGCCUGCAUGCUCACCUUCCAGUACCUGAUGUGCAUCGGGAUCCCCCCGUCCGCCUGCUCAGACUAUGCAUGGAGAGCCCCGUCAUCCAGCAUGGACUCUAAUGUGGUGAAAUGGCUCUAUUUCCCUGACUUUCACACCAAACCAAACCCCCUCUUCCUCCUCUAUGACUUCAUGUUGCUGCUGGGUGUCUCGCUCCAGAGGCAUGUCUUUGAAGAGGAGAAUGAAGCAGCCGUGCGUCUCGUUGCCGGGGACAACGUGGAGAUCUGCCGAGACCUUGACGCCGCAUCCUUCAGCCAGCACAACCCGGUGCCGGACUUCAUCCGCUGCAGGUCUUACCUGGACAUGUUGAAGGUGAUCAUGUUCAGCUACAUGUUCUGGUUUGUGCUCACCAUCAUCUUCAUCACGGGGACCACACGCAUCAGCAUCUUCUGCAUGGGCUACCUAGUGGCCUGCUUCUACUUCCUGCUCUUCGGGGGAGACCUGCUGCUCAAGCCAAUCAAAAGCACCCUGCACUACUGGGACUUCCUGAUCGCCUAUAACGUCUUUGUGAUCACCAUGAAGAACAUCCUCUCAAUAGCGGCCUGUGGAUAUAUAAAGUCCCUGGUCGCAAACCACUGCUGGCUGAUCCAGUUGUUCAGUUUGGCGUGCACUAUAAAAGGCUAUUCCCGUCCGGAGCAGCAGGCUAACAAGCAGUGUGAGUUGCCUAGCGAUGAAGCUGGCAUCAUCUGGGACAGCAUCUGCUUCGCCUUCCUGUUGCUACAGCGACGGGUCUUCAUGAGCUACUACUUCCUGCACGUGGUCGCUGAUAUUCGCUCCUCUCAAGUGCUGGCCUCGAGGGGAGCGGAGUUGUUCCAGGCCACCAUGGUGAAGGCAGUCAAAGCCAGGAUCGAGGAGGAGAAGAAGUCAAUGGACCUGCUGAAAAGACAGAUGGACCGCAUCAAGAGCCGGCAGCAGAAGUUUAAGAGGGGGAAGGAGAGGAUGCUGAGUCUGGUCCAGGAGGCAGGAGAAGGUCAAGCCGGGGUCAAGGAGGAGGAGGAGGAGGAGGAAGAAGAAUCAAAGGAGAAAUCCAAAGGCAAAAGGAAACGGUGGUGGAGGCCUUGGGUAGACCAUGCAUCCAUGGUAAGAAGUGGAAGCUACUACCUGUUCGAAACAGACAGUGAGGAAGAGGAGGAGGAAGAGGAGAAGAAAGAGGAACCUCCGAAGAAGUCUGCCUUUCAGUUUGUGUACCACGCCUGGAUCACCGACUCAAAGACAGCCAUGAAGGAGCGCAGUAAGGAGAGGCGCCACUUCUGGAAGAGGUACACUGAGGGACGCAAGGCCAGCAGAAAAGACCAGCGGGAAGAACAUGUGGCUAUAGAGGUGGGAGAUCAGGAGGACGACGGCGUGGAAGAGGAGCGAUCCGACGGGCCAGAUAACAUCCUGAAGCGAGUGUUCAACAUCGUGAAGUUCUCUUGGGUGCUUUUCCUGGCCGUGCUGGACAGCUUCACCGCCUGGCUCAACUCCAUCUGCCAGGAGUACAUCGACAUAUCCACCGUGCUGCGCAUCGAGCGCUGUAUGGUCACACAGGAGGUUAAAAAGGGAAAUACUCCAUCCCGAGAGAGUCUGCGUGUGUACUACCAGAAGCAGAUGUGCCGGCCCUCGUCCUCACAGUCCUGUCUGGACCACUCCGAGGACUUCUCCCCAGCAUCCAGCCCCCAGACAUCUCAGCUACAGCAGUCCGGCUUCGGGCUGGAUAGCCUGCACUCUGCGCUGUCCCGAGACAGCCUGUCCAGUGCGUUCACAGAGUCCACUCUACUCUACUGUCAGUCCACACUGGAUCACUCAGAGGGGCCCGCGGAGAACGUCCCCAGGACCAGCGAACGCGCCCGGCCCAGACUGUGCAAGAUGACUGGGCUCGACCUGUCUUCCUCAGCAGAGAGCGCCACCAGCAGGGCCUCCAGUGAGAAGACGCAGUGCACAGCGCUGUACUCUCGCCAGGGCACCAGUGACACUAUCGGCGAGGCCGACCUCGAGCGCGAACAGAGGGAUCACCUAGGAGCCGAGCACUGGGGCGCAGCAGGAGGGGCCCCAGGAACCCCCGAGGACGCCCUGUAUCUCCCCGACGGGGAGGGGCCGUCCCAGUGGAGAGACUCGGACCGCACCCCAGAGUGGGACCACCCAGUCUGGACCCCAGCUGACAGCCCGGAUGUGGACGGGCCCUCGUCGCGGACGUUCCCGGUUGAUGGUUUGCCGGCGGACAUCCCCCCCUCUUACAGCAAGGCCACGGGGCUGGACCAGGUGUGUGCAGGUGCGUCAUGUGGCCGUGGCGACGACAAGCGGCUGCGGAUAAUGGAGCCUGAUGACAGGAUGGAUUACCUGAGCGACGGGGCGCUGCCCUCCCUCACCCACGAGAUGACGGCCAGCGAGCUGCUGCAGAGCAGGGUGUUUUACGACGAGGAGCUGGAGGAGUCCGAGGGCUUCUACAGCAGGCAGCCCCAGCUGCUGCAGCUCUGCUACGCCCUCUACAACAUGCUGGUGGCCCACUCUGAGAUGGUCUGCCACCUGGUCAUCAUCCUCAACCACAUGAUCUCCGCCUCUGUGGCCACGCUGGUGCUGCCCAUCCUCAUCUUCCUCUGGGCCAUGCUGUCCGUCCCGCGACCCAGCAAACGCUUCUGGAUGACCGCCAUCGUCUACACUGAGGUCACCAUUGUGAUCAAAUACUUCUUCCAGUUUGGCUUCUUCCCAUUCAACCAGAACAUUGAGGUGGACAAGAGCAAGCCUUUCCACCCCCCGAACAUCAUCGGCGUGGAGAAGAAGGAGGGCUACGUUCACUAUGACUUGGUGCAGCUGCUGGCUCUCUUCUUUCACAGAUCAAUCUUGAAGUGCCAUGGUUUAUGGGACGAGGACGAACCCAGAACCGGUGGAGGCAAAUCACCACAUGACCAAUGUGACUCAGACAGUGGUGAGCGGUCCCGGUUACGGCAGGAGAAGGGUCGCGCACAGGCCGCGUCACCAGAGUCUGUGCACACCCGCUCCCCCCGCCAGCACAUACAGGGGGCGACGCGACUACUGGCUCGGGCCAUGGUGCGACGGCAGAGCUCGGGUGCAGGGUCACAUGUAUCACAUCGCUCCGUACACUCCAAAGCAGGCAGCUCAGGCAUGCGCGGGAGUCUGCGCAGGGGGGGCAGUGCCCUGAGCAUCCAGCAGAAGAGCCGUAAGGAGCUCAUCAUGGAGAAGCUCAGGGAACAGCUCAUCAAGGCCAAGAGGUUCACUGUGAAAACUACCCUUGAGAUCUAUGUCCCGAUCCGUCAGUUCUUCUAUAACCUGAUCCACCCCGAGUACAGCGCUGUGACAGACGUCUAUGUGCUCAUGUUCUUGGCUGACACUGUGGACUUCAUCAUUAUUGUCUUUGGAUUCUGGGCUUUUGGGAAACAUUCUGCUGCUGCUGACAUCACUUCCUCACUGUCGGAGGACCAGGUUCCGGAGGCCUUUCUGGUCAUGGUGCUGAUCCAGUUUGGCACCAUGGUGGUGGACCGAGCCCUAUAUCUCAGAAAGACUGUCAUGGGAAAGGUCAUCUUCCAGGUGAUCCUGGUGUUCGGGAUUCACUUCUGGAUGUUCUUCAUUCUCCCAGGAGUCACAGAAAGGCGGUUCAGUCUGAACACGGUGGCCCAGCUGUGGUACUUCGUGAAGUGCAUCUACUUCGGCCUGUCUGCCUAUCAGAUCCGCUGUGGCUACCCUACCAGAGUGCUGGGCAACUUCCUCACCAAGAGCUACAACUAUCUCAACCUCUUCCUCUUCCAAGGGUUCCGGAUGGUGCCGUUCCUGACGGAGCUGCGUGCAGUGAUGGACUGGGUGUGGACAGACACCACCCUCAGCCUGUCCAGCUGGAUCUGUGUGGAGGACAUCUACGCCCACAUCUUUGUGCUGAAGUGCUGGAGGGAGUCUGAGAAGAGGUACCCCCAGCCCAGAGGGCAGAAGAAGAAGAAGGUGGUGAAGUACGGGAUGGGGGGCAUGAUCGUCAUGCUGCUCAUCUGCAUCGUCUGGUUCCCGCUGCUCUUCAUGUCUCUGGUCAAGUCCGUGGCCGGCGUGGUCAACAAGCCCCUGGACGUGUCGGUCACCAUCACACUCGGGGGCUUCCAGCCCAUAUUCACAAUGAGUGCUCAGCAGAAUCAGCUGAAGGACAUCACCGAAGCAGAUUUCUCAACGUUUGUGAACUCCUACACUUACGUUCCGAGAUCCAUGCAGUUCCUGGAGGCCUAUACCAAAGAGGACAUCGCGGUAGCCGAGCUGGAGGGCAGCUCCAACUCCCUCUGGACCAUCAGCCCCCCCAGCAGGAAGAACCUGAUGGACGUCCUGAGCAAAGAUGCCCCCUUCCCAGUCACCAUGUCCUGGUCCAUCCAGAGGAAUCUCAGUCUCGGGGCUAAAGCUGAGGUUGCAAUGGAUAAACAUGUCACCUCCCUGGACAUGCCUGCCAAACAAGAGCUGAUAGCUUUAUUAAAUGGGACAAGGAAUAAGCCUGUGGUUAUAAAACAAGUCUUCCCUUGCUUUCUUCGUGCACCAAGUGACUCGAACGCCAAGCCCAUUGAUCAACUUUAUGGAGAGGACGGAUUUAAGGACAUCCUGCUGGCCUUGGAGAGGUCCCACAACAACACGGGCGAGAUCCAGGAGUGGUGGAUCGUGGACCAGCCCUCGGCGGGGAAGAUCCAGAUGAGCGGCACAGCCAAGAAGAAGGGCGAGGCUGGCCUGCAACUCUACGUGUUCAGUGAUAAAGUCAGCCCUCCCAGCCUCAGCUUCCUGGCUGGAUAUGGCAUCAUGGGACUGUAUGCCUCUGUAGUCCUCGUCAUCGGGAAGUUUGUGCGCGAGUUCUUCAGCGGCAUCUCACACUCCAUCAUGUUCGAGGAGCUGCCCUGUGUGGACCGCAUCCUCAAGCUGUGCACGGACAUCUUCCUGGUGCGGGAGACGGGCGAGCUGGAGCUGGAGGAGGACCUGUACGCCAAGCUGAUCUUCCUCUACCGCUCACCAGAGACUAUGAUCAAGUGGACCAGGGAGAAGACCAAGUAAGGGCUUCAGAGCCCCAAAACCGCCUGCUGUGACUGAUGUUCAGAGGGUCUUAAGAAGGAAGACGCAAAAUGCAAAAAAAGUAACAGGGAGAGGGGUGCGGAAGAAGCACAAAGAGUGGCAGGAGGAGCCCUGCACUGGCCGAGCUCUCCACUGGACUCUGAUGUUGGAGAUGUCACCCACCUCCUGGGGGGGGGGGGGGGGACCCCUCUCCAGCUUCCAUUAAAUGUGACCUGAAACGUGAAGUACAGUAUCUGUCAUGUUAAUGUGUAUGAUUUGUGUGCACAACCUGACUCUGAAGAACUGUAGCCAGUCUUAUCAGUGUGCUGGGCAGUGGGGUCAACAAGAGGGAAUGGAGUCCCCACUGCCUGGAUUUAGCCUGUUGUGUAUGGGGAAUAUAUGAACCUUCAGUUGUGCAAUAUAUAAAAUAAAUACACCGUCCUGGUAGCUGGCUGUAAACUUGAACCAGAGGAAGGGGGCAGUGACUGAAAGACACUUGCCACUUUUGAAGUUAUUUUUUUUUUUUCAUAUUUUGUGUUGUUUUCCCAAACUUGGAGGGAU